AAAUCUGAACUAUAACACAAUAAUUUUUCAUCGAUAAUCUAUUAAAGUUGAUUAGUUCUGUAAUUAAAUCAAUCGUGUUUUCAAUUCUCAUACUUUUUCUAUCAACAUCAUCAUCAACAAUAGUCAUAAUAAUAAUAAUCACCAUUUCAACUUUUCAUCGCUAUCAAUCUCAGUUUUUUAAUCAAUUCUUAUCGAAUUUAAAUAAAUUCAAUUCGUUUUUUUCUGGUACAAAAAUUAAUCUACACGGCCGUCAUCAUUCUAUCUGCCAUUGAUUUUUGUAAUUUUGCUUGUGUUGGAACCACCAAGCUGGAAUCUGAUUCAGAAGCGAAUCGGCGACCAAGUCUUCUGGCAAAUGUAAUGGGCUGUUUUGGUGGGUCAGGAUCAAAAAACGAUGCCGAAGAAGACAAACGCCGGCGUGAGGCGAAUAAACGUAUUGAAAAGCAAAUACAAAAAGAUAAACAAAUAUAUAGGGCCACUCAUCGGCUCCUUUUAUUAGGCGCCGGUGAGUCUGGCAAGAGUACAAUUGUCAAACAAAUGAGAAUAUUACAUGUCAAUGGUUUCAGUGAAGAAGAAAAAAAGCAGAAAAUCGAAGAUAUCAAGAAAAAUAUACGUGAUGCCAUAUUGACGAUAACGGGUGCCAUGAGCACUUUGGUUCCACCAAUUCCACUCGAAGACCCUAAUAACCAAUGGAUGGUUGACUAUAUACAAGAUGUUGCCAGUAGUCCUGAUUUCGAUUAUCCACCCCAAUUUUACGAAUACACUGAAGCACUAUGGAGAGACAGAGGUGUUCAGGCAACAUUCGAACGAUCCAAUGAAUAUCAAUUAAUUGAUUGUGCGAAAUACUUUUUAGAUAGAGUUGAUGUUAUAAAAAUGCCUGAUUAUACACCAAACGAACAAGACAUUCUUAGAUGUCGUGUCUUGACAUCGGGUAUUUUUGAGACAAAAUUUCAAGUCGAAAAAGUUAAUUUCCAUAUGUUCGACGUUGGUGGCCAAAGAGACGAACGUCGAAAAUGGAUACAAUGUUUCAAUGAUGUCACUGCCAUUAUUUUUGUUACUGCAUGUAGUAGCUAUAAUAUGGUGCUCAGAGAGGAUCCCAAUCAAAAUAGAUUACGUGAAUCACUUGAUUUGUUCAAAAGUAUUUGGAAUAAUAGAUGGCUGAGGACGAUCUCAGUUAUAUUAUUUCUAAAUAAACAAGAUCUUCUCGCCGAAAAAGUUAAAGCGGGAAAGUCUAAAAUAGAAGAAUACUUUCCAGAAUAUACACACUACCAGACGCCACCAGAUGCUGUAUUCGAUCCGGGUGAAUCACCGGAAUUUAUACGGGCAAAAUAUUUUAUUCGCGAUGAAUUUCUGAGAAUAAGCACCGCCAGUGGUGAUGGAAAACAUUAUUGUUAUCCUCAUUUUACCUGUGCCGUUGAUACUGAAAACAUCAGGAGAGUAUUCAACGAUUGUCGUGACAUAAUACAACGGAUGCACCUUCGUCAAUAUGAGCUAUUGUGAUCUUUAUCUUCUCUCUUUUUCUUUUAUGUUAUUAUAUUACUAUUAUAAUUAAUUUCUUUCUGAGUUUUCAUCAUCAUCAUCAUCAUCAUUAUUAUCAUCAACAUCAUCUUCUACAUUUUUACUUUUCUUUGUUAGGUCGAUUUUUAGUGCAUCAAUUUUUUUUGAAAAUUUUUCAAACGAAAAAAAAUCGAUUAACGACAAACAAACAAA